GUGGCACUCACACACGUCACAGAGGCCGUACGUACAUAUGUACACGGCGCCCCGGCCCGAAUAUACGUACACACGUGCGUGAGUUGAAUAUGGCAGAACUACCCAAGGUUUCGAAACGAAAAAGGGUUGCUAAAAAUCGAAAGAAAGCAUGGAGAAAGUACUCCAAUAUUCAAGACGUUGAAGACUUCCUGGAAGAGCAGAGGCAACAGUUGCGUACCGGUGGUUUGGCAUCCGAAAAGAAAGAUCAAGACCUGUUCUUUGAAGACAAGAAAGCUCCAAAAGCCGUCAAAAAAAACACAGGUUUGGUCAAGAAGAGAGGUCCUAUUCAGCACAAGGUAGACUGGCGUCUUCUCCCAAAUCCCAGGGUCCCGCCUGCUCCAAAAGCAUUUCCCCGUAAAGCUAAAAGGCCGGGCAAGCGUGUCUUAGAAGUCCGAGCCAAAGAGAGCCAGGGACUCGUCAGUGCCAACAAGCGAAGGAGACUCAAGGAAUCAGAGGAGCAGCGCUCAUUGUACCAGGAGACGCGGCAAAGAGAGAAGACGAGACAAGAGAUUGGCCGAGCGACGUAUGACGUCUGGGGUGACAAUGCAGCCAAAGUGAUCAAGAAGGGAGGUAUAGAGGCAGACGAGCACUUCCUCAGAGUGACGAAGAAUAAACGAACGAAGCUACCGCCCAGGUACCAAGACAAGCCCAGCAAACUCCCCGCGGUGGAGAUCGUGGCCCCUGGUGCCUCCUACAACCCAUCGCUGGAAGACCAUCAGGCUCUCAUCAAUGCUACCUAUGAAGAGGAACUGAAGAAACAGAAGGAUGAAGAUAGGUUAGAGCGAUGGCACAAGAUUCCAAAACUCACUGCUCAACAAGUGCAGGAAACUUUCAUCAGUGAGAUGUCAGCUGGUCUCUUUCCUGAGGAGGCAGAUUGUGGGACGGGGCCUGUGACAGCCGGAGGGGAGGGAGACGAUGUCCUCCCAAACCCACCAACAACAUAUGAGAACCGCAAGACGAAGAAACGGAAGAGAAAGGAGAAAGAACUCAAGGAGAAGGAAAAACAAGUCAAGGCGGAAAAAUUACAGAGGAUACGACAGAAUGAGGUAUAUCGGCUGCGCAGCAUUAAGAAGGAGAUUGCCGAGGAGGCAGCCAAGUCUGAGGCUGAGAGGGCAAAACGUGAGCAGAGGAAGAAAGAGAUGGAGAAUGUACCAAAGGCAUUUGGCCAUCACAAAUUGGAGGAAGAGCCUAUGGUGAUUAAGCUGAGUGACGAACUCGUGGGCAGUCUACGGGAACUCAAGCCGGAGGGCCAUCUACUCAGGGACAGAUACAAGAGCUUCCAGAAGAGAAAUAUCAUCGAAACCAGAACGUGGAAGAGGGGUCAGAAAGCACAGUAUAAAGAGUAUGAGAAGAAAUCGCACAAGGAGAUCACAGCUUAAUCACCAGGAAGUGGGUCAGUGAGGUGGUCAUCAAGAAUGCUCUGACCUGUUAAAGUCAGUGGAAUGACAUAAAGACAGAGAGUUCUGAAGUCAGGGUACCAUACCCCACCAAAUUAUCCACUGCCCGCUGAACAUCAGAGGGAACGUUAGUUGAACGUUGAGAGGAUGGAAGUUGAACAUCACCUGGAAUUCUAGUUCAGUGUAGAGAAAACUAACGUUCAACCUCUGCAAGAACUAAAGUUCGACUCAAAGAGGGAACCCAAGUUAAAAACAUUUUUAGGAAGCGAAGUUCGAUACAGGAAGACUUGAAGUUCAAAUCGAGCGGGGAACCAGAAUUUACCAUUUAGGGAACCCAAGUCGAAAUCAGUUUGGAACCCAACUUCAGUAUUGAGGAAUUGCUCCUCAACAGUGGUAAUGGAUGCUCAACAUCUUUAUCAGGAACGAAAAUCCAUCAACUGCAGUAACUUGAGUUCAGUCUCAUUUGGACCUCACACAGAGGGAACGUGCUCAUUGGUAGGAGCACACAUGAAACAUCAGAAAGAACUCAACUUGUUCUUUCUUCCCACCUUGAAUAUCAGGACCACUCUUUCAGAGGCUGACAGUCAUCUGCAGAGUCCUGGCCUUUCAACAUGUUGAAACCGAUCUGGAAAUUCCCACAGCCUCAGUUUUCAUAGAGCAGCCGAGCCAAAAUAUUUUUUAGUAAAUGUGCAAGGCUAGCAGCAGUCUUCUGGGAACCAGUCACAAGAAGUGCACAGUGCUGAACAUGUUGGAUGGCAACCUGCUUUCACUGAGGUUUUCGGUGCCUAUCAAAUUCUGUGCUGAGCAGGCACAUCCAAUGAACCCUCCAUCGUGACACAUUCUGCUGUUAGUGACUGUGCUUAUCAGCUUAUAGUUAUGCUUUUAUGUACACUGACCCCACAAGAUGGCACUUCAAAAACUGUUGUACAUAUUUUCCAUUUUAUUUUUCAUCACGUAGGCCUGUGAUCGGUGUAUUGCAGUCUACCAGACAAAAUAUAAUGCUACGUGGGACAGUGAACAAUCCGAAAAUAACACUUUGGGAUGUUUCUCGUUUAGUGUUUCCAAGAUUUGUUGACGCUAACAUGAGAAGUUGUGUUUUAAGGCAUUUCACAAUAGAUCUUACAUGUACAUCUCAGUAUGUCACAAUUCCAAUUCUGCAUGUUUAGCUACUAGCCUAUGGACGAUAGGCGAUACUAGUGCUAAUGGUUCAAUUGGGCUGAGUGCACACCAGUGUUUUAAGGGAGUCAUUGAAAUCUUGACCCAGGCCAUUUUCAGGUGACUUGAAUCCAGUUAUUAGGCCAAGAUGGUUAAAGUGCUCACAAAUCAGUAAACUGUAGCGUAACAGUUGCAACAAUAGUACACUUCAGGAACUUCAGCGUUAUAAACUGUUUACCUGCGUCAAGUCUUCUCAUGAGGGAAAUUGUACUCGAGACCCAGACUUUAGAAAUUGCGACAAGUUGAACUCCACGUUUCAAUUCCGUACACACAAGCUAUAGCUAGUCACAGUAACACUGGAACAACACAAAAGAACUAGAGAGUCAGUCUCGCGUUUUCAAUAUCACUUUUUUAAUAUUAAUUUUUCCUCUUUUUGAAAUAGUUUUUCGGGAAAAUACAACACAGUUGAUGUUAUUUCAAAAGUACAAAGCCCAGAAACUAAUGGAAAAGAAUAAUAAAUAAAGACUUCUUUUUAAAAAAAAAUCACGUAAUUAAUCCAUUAAUUAUUGUGGCAGUUUGUGUUAAGAACCCUGAUUCAACCAAAAUGUAAUGAUAAUAAAGAAUGUUCCAACUGAAAA